AUGGAAAAAAUCAGAGCCAUGCUUGCUUCCGAAAAAGAGAAGGAACCCAUUGUCGAAGUGGGAGACGCUUCUGACAACCAAGAUUAUGAAGCCGAUCAAAAAUUAAUGGUAGCAAUGUCUGCCAAAUCCGCCGAAUUCGACCCAGUCACAUCUAAUCUCAUGAAAGAAGUCAUGGAUGACGAAUAUACUCAAUUCAAAGUCGAAGAUGACUCCCCAUAUCCAGAAGUCCGUGCCGCUGUUCCAAGUACUGAUGAUGUCACUCUUCCUCAAAACACCAUUAGAAUGUGGGUUCUUGGUAUGAUUUUGACUACUUUAGGUAAUGGGAUGAAUAUUUUAUUUAGUUUCCAUUCUCCUUCUUUUGCAUUAACUACAUUUGUUACUUCCAUUUUAGCUUAUCCUAUGGGUAAACUUUGGUAUUGGGUUAUGCCAAAUAUUAAAAUCUUUGGUGUUCCAUUAAAUCCUGGUCCUUUCAAUGUUAAAGAACAUGCUUUGAUUACUAUUAUGGCUAAUGUUUCCUUUGGUGGUGGUGCUGCAUAUGCUACCGAUAUCUUAUUAGCCCAAAACCGAUUCUACAAUAUUGAUUUCGGUUGGGGUUUCGCAUUAUUAUUGAUUUGGUCAACUCAAUGUAUUGGGUUUGCCUUUGGUGGUAUUAUGAGAAGAAUUGUCGUUGAACCAGCUGCUGCUAUUUGGCCUUCAAAUCUUGUUUCCGCUGUGUUUUUAACUAAUCUUCAUGUGAAUGAAAAUCAUCCUGCUAAUGGUUGGAAGAUUUCUAGAUUGGCAUUCUUUGGGAUUAUUGGUCUUGGUAGUUUUCUCUACUAUUGGUUCCCUGGUUUCCUUUUCCAAGCUUUAUCUUAUUUCUCAUGGGUCACUUGGAUUAAACCAGAUAAUGUCAUUAUUAAUCAAGUCUUUGGUUCUUCUUCUGGGUUAGGUAUGUUCCCAAAUAGUAUUGCCUUAGAUUGGAAUCAAAUCGCCGGUUAUAUUGGUUCCCCGUUAAUUCCACCAGCAGGUACAAUUGCUACUAUUUUUGCAUCCAUUGUUGUCAUUUUCUGGAUUGCUGUUCCAGCUAUUCAUUAUUCAAACACUUGGUUUGCUCAAUACUUGCCAAUCUCAUCUUCUGGUUCUUUUGAUAGAUUCCAACAACAGUACAACGUCAGUAGGAUUAUCAACCCAAAAACUUUAGAAUUUGAUCCCGAAGCAUAUAGCAAAUACUCCCCACUUUUCUUAUCCACCACAUUUGCAGUUUCUUAUGGAUUAUCAUUCGCUUCCAUUACCGCUACCGUUAUGCACACCAUUUUAUUCCACGGUAAAGAUAUCAUCAAAUACAUCAAAAGAGAAGAAAAACCAGAUGUUCACGCUAGAUUAAUGAAAGCUUAUAAAGAAUGUCCAGACUGGUGGUAUGUUGUUGUUUUCUUUGUCACUUUCGGUAUGGCUAUUGCUGUCUGUAGAGCUUGGCCAACUGAUAUGCCAAUCUGGGCCCUUGUCAUCUCCCUUUUGAUUGCUAUUUCAUUCUUACCUGCAAUUGCCCUUAUUUAUGCCUUAACUAACAUCAUGGUUGGUUUGAAUGUUAUUUCCGAAUUCAUUGCUGGGUAUAUGUUACAAGGUAAAUACAAUGCUAUGUUCUUAGUCAAGACAUUCACCUACAUCACCAAUUAUCAAGCUGUUACAUUCGUUCAAGAUAUGAAAUUGGGUCACUACAUGAAAAUUGCUCCAAGACUCUUAUUCGCUGCCCAAUUUAUCGCCACCGUUUGGGGUUCUCUUGUUCAAGUCGCAGUAUUGAAAUGGGCUUAUGGUGCAAUUGAUGGAUUAUGUACUCCAACUCAAGCUAAUCAUUACACUUGUCCAAAUGGUAAAGUUUUCUUCAAUGCUUCUAUUAUUUGGGGGGUUAUUGGUCCAAAACGUCAAUUCUCUCCUGGUCAAUUAUAUGAUGGUUUAUUAUGGUUCUUCUUCAUCGGUGCUAUCUUACCUGUUAUCAGUUGGUUAAUCCUCAAGAAAUGGCCAAAUAGUUUUGUCAAAUAUUUGAAUUGGCCAGUUUUCUUCUCUGGUACUGGUUACAUCCCUCCAGCUACUCCAUAUAACUAUACUUCUUAUUGCGCUGUUGGAUUAGCUUUUGGUUGGUGGAUUAAGAGAAAAUGGUUCCAUUGGUGGACUAAAUACAACUAUUCCUUAUCUGCUGGUAUGGAUAUUGGGUUGGCUUGGUGUUCAUUGAUCAUUUUCUUGUGUAUUGGAAUGACAAAUACCAAUGCUCCAAGUUGGUGGGGAAAUAAUGUUAUUAAUACCGUUGAUUAUAAUGUUGUUACCAAUAUUAGAGACUUGUUACCUGAAGGUCAAGCAUUUGGUCCAACUUCUUGGUAA